ACUUAAUCUAUCGUCAAAAGAGGUGGAUAGUGCGUGCGCGGGUUUCAAGCGUCGCAGCCAAGGCGGGUGAAAGUCCUCCCAUCACAUGGCAAAUGACGGAGUCCACGAGCACUCACCUGAAUCAUGCUGCGGUUCCCCCCGCCCCCCCCCCCCCCUUCUUUUUUGUCCCUCAAGUUGAAAGAGAGAGAAACGGCUGCUUUCUUAGGCUGCGCUGCAAGGGUAACUUUUCGCAGCUCCUUCAUGCCUUGCCUCAGCUUUUCACUGGUUCAAACUUUUGGAAGAUUCUCGGUUUCUCCCGAUCGAAAACACGGUGUUCUCUACAGCCUGGGGAAAUACGCGCAAUCUGAACAGCCCGCGGCGCCCUGCAACGAUUCGCCCAGAUCUCCUUUUCUCUCUUGGCUACUCGCGAAAAGUCCAGGGCUUCGGGUCUGGAGGAAAACAACAAAAAUCUCUUCUGUCCCGCCGCAGGUCGUGUCUCUUCGCUUCCUUCGCCUGUACACGCUGCCCGCCACUCCUGGCUGUACGAUCAAAAUGUCGGCGGUCAAAACCACCAUCAAGACGGACAUGUGCUCCUUCUCGGAGUACCGUAUUUACCCUGGUCGCGGACAGCGCUUUGUGGCGAAGGACGGCAAGGUCCACACCUUCAUCCACCGCAAGGAGGCCAGCCUCUUCCGACAGAAGAUCAAGCCCGUGAAGCUCCACUGGACUCUCGUGUGGCGCCGCAUGAACAAGAAGGGUGGAAAGGACGCAGUCAACAAGCGCCGCAGCAGAAAGGCUACCAAGACUGUUCAGAAGGCUAUUGUCGGUCUGUCUCUGGAGGACAUCAAACGCACCCGCGCUCAGAAGCCUGAGACAAAGGCGAAGAGUGCCACCGCCGUAAAGGAUGCCAAGGAGAAGUCGAAGAAGUCGAAGGCUGCCGGUGUUCGCCCUCAGAGCGGACCUGCCCAGAAGGUGCAGAUCCCGAAGCAGCAGAAGCAAGCCACGCGGGGACGGAAAUAGAGGGUGAAGAGAGAAGAAGUACUGGAGGCGGCCCUGGUCGUGUAGCGGGUGUGGGUGUGCACGUUUAGAAUUUGGAAGUCGAUGGUUUCCUCUCUCUUGCUGAGGGUGAAGAGUGGAAGCGUCGUCUGCGUCGUCCGCGCUGGGUUGGAGAGAGGAAAUGCUCCUCGAUAGCGGGAUCCCUCGCUUCCCAUCCUUCAACCGGUGACAAAUGUAUGUGCUGGUGCCUCGCCAGACUUUCCAUCCUUGCCUCAUUAUUCUGUUCCUCGCUUCGUCUAUCAAGACGCGUGAGUGCCAUAAAGUGUCAAGGAAAGAGCCGAGGCGUGACGCUGGAAACCGCUGAGAAACCGUCACAGCCACGUCAUCGUUCACGACACUUGGCCGCGUUCUCAUCGCUUGGCUUUCGCUACCUCACACCAUGAUAAAACACUGCGGUAAACUGUCUCAGGCCAGUGGCAGCAGAUGACCGUAUUGCUUAUGGUUCAAGUGGCGACGGUGAGUAGGCGAUUCGUCACUGGUAACAGUAGACAAGCGAGUUGAAUCGGCAUGAUAAGUUUAUCAAGCAGCUGUGUACGAGUUGAGAAAAUUCUCUACAGUUUGUCAAUUUCUGUAGGCAAAUGAGAAGCUGAGUUCAUCCUGUAGACAACUGCGCGGGCCCGGCUUUAGUAGAUAUGCCUGCUCUUACAGUUUCCUUCGUGGGCUCUCACACGCAAUGCAUUCACGCACAGUCUCUCGCUUGCAAUACAACGACAGCAACAUCAACUGCACGGACAAAGGUGUCACUUUUCUGUAACGGAUGGAUGAUCUUUGCGUUUCCGUCUUCUACGCCAGAUCUUGGCUGUCUGCCGGUGCACGUUCCAAAAACAGCCGUCCCGAAGAAUGCCUCAUCGCAGGCAUCGUUCUCAAAAAAUCUUCGAAAGCAGCAAGCAACCCCCGUGGCAUGUCUUUGCAGCCUUCUAUCCGUACUAGUUGCCGUAUGUGGUCCCCAGUUCGAC